GGCGGGGCCCCUGCGACCCUCCCCCUCGGCCCUGGCUCUUUUCGCGGCCCAUUGUUGGCUCCGAGCGGGCCGGCGGCGCGCGGCGCGGGGGUGUAACCCGAGAGCUUUCGCUACAAAGUCCCCGCGCCUGUUGCUGGAGCCGACAGAAGGCGCGAGGGCUGCAGGCGGAGAGAGCCGAGCGCGGCCGGGCUGAUCGCUCCCACCAAGCCGGCGAAGAACCUUUGUGGAGCCCGCCGCGCUCGGCCGUCGGAUUUAUUCUUCGGCCACUUUCCGCGCGACUCGCCGGCACCGGGGAGCGAGCGAGCGAGGGAGUGGAGGAGCCUCGCUCCCUUCCCCAGCCGGCUUGCCCCGCGAGGGAUGGAGCCCGGGCGGAGCGCGCCGCAGCACGGAGCCGCGGGACAGCGCUGAAGCGGCGGCGGCAAGAGGUGAGGUGGGCUCCGUCUACGUUGUCCGCUGCGGGGCUAGGAAUGGCCCCCGGGGAGAGAGAUCCGGGUCUCUUGUCCGCCGCGACCCAGGAGGCUCCCCGGGGUGUGGCGGGGCGAAGGGCUGCUCUCCCCGCGCCCGGGGAGGCGGUGGACUUUGACCGGGAGGGUCUGUAAAUCUGUUACCAAACUGUCCGGGCGCGCAGAGGUUCUUUUGUCGCUCGGAUUAAAGAUUAAGCUGCCCCCGGGAGCCUGUUCUCGGGCGCUGCUCUCUCCACUCGCACCACGUACGCUCCUUUCCCAGGGAACAGGCGCCCAGAUAUGCAGGUUGCACGCAAGACACGCGUCCACAGGCGCGGUGCACUCACACUGUUCACACCGACACGCGCGCCCUGGACGCGCCUGCCCAUCCGCGCCAAUCCACGGCCGCAAGCGCAGUUGGAAAUCUUGCGUUAAUUGAACGGGGCUUGUGCCCUCGAACCUCGUGGUUUUCGGCGGCACUUUUAAAUCGGCUUCUUAACUUUAGUUUGGACUGUAUGCUGUGUGCAGCUGGGCAGUGGAAGUGCCUUUACGCACGCACGCUCCGGCCGUGAGUUUAGUACCAGUAAGCACCACGUGUUCAAAUUUAAACUCGCUUUCGUCCUGCACGAGAAUUCCUUUCGCUGCCCCACUUUGUAUUUCUUCUUCUCCUCCCCACCCCAUGGUUUGUUCUGCUCCUUGGGUCAUUAUCAAAGUGCAUGAGAAGGUUGUACCAUUGAGAUACGGGGGGGGGGGGGAGAAAGGAAUAGGAGCAGGAGUUGGCCAGCAAGUUGGGGUGGCAGGGUCAUGCCAAAGGCCAAGAAUCCUGAUUUAUUUAUUUACAUUUUUUUAUCCAUGGGGGCUGUCUUUUCCAGGCAGGAACCAUCAUAAGAUAAUCUGGUGGACUUUGGCCAUGAAGAGCUGGCUAGGUGACACCCAGCCCCUGUGGUGCAUCUCCCUGAGAGGCCACCUAAUGCUCAAGAUGAGGGUUGUAGAAUUAUAGUGCAAUGCUGUAGGCAGUGUUCUAUCCAGGAAAUGAAUUUGUUUCACAUUAACAUCUCAUAGGAAGCUGCCUUUUACUAAGUCAGACCCAUUGGUUCCUCUAGCUCAGUAUUGUCUACACUGACUGGCAGCAUCUCUUCAGGGUUUCAGACAGAAACCUCUCCCAGCCCUACUUGGUGCUGCUUGGCUUUACCACUGAGGUACAAUGUCUCACGAGCAGGACUGGGCAUCUUCCGGGAUUGUUGCAAUCAGAUUCUUCUGUGCUGAUUGGCAAAUCAACUCCCUCCUUCCAAAGAAAAUGUCCAGCAGCCUGGAAUGGCUACAGGUACUGCUGUACCUCUCCCCCAAUGUAUUAUUGCGAGUUCUAGAUGGUUGUGGACAUAGGACACACAAUUGUUUUGUUCUGCACUGCAAUGGAAAACUCUAUGGAGUGACAACCCCUUUCCCUUCUCAAUCUAGGCUUGGAGGAUCCAAGUGGGAGCCGCGGGACAAGAAGAGACAACAGGAUGACAGCCCUGCUGUGUGGCCUUCUCAGGUUCCUGGCAGUGGCAACAACAUGUGCUUGGGCAGCUGCUUCUGCUGAAGGAAUGAUGGAACCAGGUGAGCAGAAAGAUUAGGGUGUGUUUGGGUGCAAGAGUCAGGGUGGCCAUCUAUUCAGGGGCUAUGACUGUUCGGUGUUUAUAGGACACUUUUCAUUUUCUGAGGCUUGUAUGGUCUUCUCCUGUGUUUGCCUUGACAUGGGAAUACAGAGAGAGAGAGAGAUCUGUGGCAGAGAUGGAAACCAGCCCUCCCACAUCCAAUACACCAUCUACACUGGCCUAAGUCAUGUUAUACGUGUAGUGCCUCAGUGUGUUGCAAGCCUGCUCUCCUCUAACCUGCUAGCCUUAACUUCUCUGUGUGAUCAGCACGUCCACCCUCUUCUGGUGUGGUGUGUGUAGGCGGCGGCAUCGGCUUGGAAUCAAAUCUGAAUGGUUCACGGUGCUUUUGAGUUCCCAGCUUCUUCCUUCCCUCCACCCCUUCCUUGCGCUUACACAGAGCGCAGGCAGCGGUGAUGGCUGCAGAGUCGAAAGUACAGUUUGAAAGGCUGUCCUUGUGCUGGUGGAGGGGGCACAAAGAGCGCUCACAUAGGUGUUUGCUUUGUGCUCCAGCGUAUAAGAGAUCCCAGCCUCAAACAGAGACUACUUGUACAUUAAGGCACAAUCUAAAUACCAAUUUCCUCCAGAUUAGCCCGAAUUCCCUGGGAACACUUUGUGCCAGGGAAGGGGAAGAUUUUUCCAUAGUAACCAGCCUGUGAGAGCAAGGUCUUGAUAGGGCCUAAUUUCCCCUUGGCUGCCCUGGGUGUCUCUGUCAUGUGCUUUCCUGCUUUACAAACCAGGACCAUAGCUCUCCCUUGGGUCUAGUUUCAUUUCCCCCCUCCUGAUUGUCUAGUCCUUUAUUCUGUUUAUCAGUUUUAAGUAGGUAACUACAAGAUGGAACUAAGCGCAGCCGAACAGUUUUGUAUGCAUUUGUGUAUGAUGGGAGUAUAGUACAAAUACGUUGUUAGACAUAUAUAGCAGGGUUGAUGUUGCUUGUGCAAGUUGUCUGAACUGGUGUUUUGUCAAAAUAACUGAAGUUGUUCUGCUUUGUGGAGCCCUUUCAAGGGAGCCAGACACACAAUGCAGGCAUUCCUCUUGUCAGAUAAACCCUGUAAUAAAGGCAACAUUUGGAAUUUGUGUAGUUUGGUUUUGUUAUUUGGCCAAUGUGGUCUGCGUUUUUGAUGACUGGCCCCUUCCAAGUAAUCAGAUUUGCUAGGACUGCUGAUCCUUCUGUCUAGCUUUGUACUUUCAGCAUCCCCUGGCAGAAUGAGGGUAAAAUGCCAUGCCAGGGACUUGGCACCAUCCCUGAGAAAAGGCAUUUAUCCUGCUGUUGGCCCUGCCACCAAACAGACGGGGAUAUUAUUAUUUGUGCCUAUGUGCCCCUGCUCCUGCUGUCACCCUGAGCAUUGUAAUGCUCUACCAUCACCUACCUGGCUACCUGGGGAGUGGGCUUAAGCUUAUUGUAGCAGUUGGCAUAUAGGCUAUUCUCUGUAUUCUGUUUUAAGAAGGCACCAUAUAUACUCAAGAGAAAAAGGUGGGUGAUGAAAAGUGUGGGUGAUGUUCUGGACAGGGGCUUCAAAUGCCUAUCCUAUGUAUUAGCACUUGAAAUUCCUUGAAGUCAUUUUGGCCGGGUGUUUUUCCCAGGUGUCAGUAUCUAGAUUCUCUUAAGCACUCUUCAGAUACUACUCUGUGAAGGAAGGAAGCAUUGUGAAAGUGGCUACAGGGUUGCAUGUUUAGCCCCCAUCCCUAAUGUUUUGUGGUUUCUCCUGCCAUGCUGAGCCAUAAGCUUCUGAAGUGGGGAGCCUGUUUGGCGUGUGAAGGCUUCCCAUGUGACCUAGAACCCCAUGGUCCUAGGGCAGGCUCCCCCCACUUCUGAUGUUUAUCCCCAGGGAUAGGAGGAGCUGUGUCACACAGGAGGCAGGGCUAAACAUACAACCUUUAGAAGAUACCUUUAGCGUAUCUUCACCCUUUGUGCAAGUUGUACCUGCGGAACUGGGAGGCUCCAUAUUUGUUCCUGAUUUUUCUCAUGGGGGCAAGAGGCCCACCAAACUGUUUAGAAGGAUGCAGACCCUUCAGUGAAUUAAAGUGAGCUAUUCUCAAGUGCGAUUUUGAUUGACAAAGGGUAGAGAAAGGAUGGUAUCUUUGCCAUCAGGUCCUCCAGUUGGAAAUCUUUUCCAGAUUUGUUUAGGAUGCAAACUUUGUUGUUUGAACACUCUUCGCCCUCUGAAAUGCCACUCUGGAAACAGCCUCUGCUUGCUCUAUGGGUCUCUUAAAAGACUCCUAAUCAAAUGGGCUCUGUAUCUAUUUAAAGCUCUCCUAAAGGUGGGGGCUUGCUUCCCUUCCAAUCAGAACGGUUUUCUCAGUCUGAAGCCAUAUUCGUAGAAAACUCUUAAAUUACCCUUGGCAAUUACAUUAAGUGCUUCGGUAGUAAAGAACAGCUGUGGGGAACAUAUCCCCCUCCCCUCUGCACAGGAGCAUAUUCUCAGGGUCAGUGAUGAAGGCAAGCAAGUGAGAUGUCCACUCCAGGUAGUUACAUUCACAAGGUUGCAUUAGUUGCUGAUUCAAAGCCUCCCAGUCCUGGUUGUGCAAGAGUUUCCCUAAAUUGGGGAUAGAUGUGUCUAUGGAGUCCCCCCCACACACCAUUUUUUUCCUUAGAAGUUUCCAAGUAGCAUCUUACCCAGCUACCAGCUGAAGCUGCCCAGUAUGGCUGUUUCCUUUAAAAUGAAGAAGCCACAAGGUUCAGGGUGGAAAGAAGAAUCUUUGCUGUCCAAGAUUUGCAGGGUUACCUAGGCCUCUGAUGCUCCUGGAGGGACAGUGAUGGUGGAUGUAAAGUAAGAAAGAGCCAGUUCUAUGAUAACAGCAUUCUCACGGCUUUCUCUUCUGGUUGGCAGCAUUUUCCUAUCAGGGUACCCCACCCACCUCCCACCCAGAGUUCUGUCCCAGAGCAUCAUGAAGGGAGGCCAGCAUUCAUCAGCUGGGAAGACCUAGCAUCAGUCAAACUUGGGAGAACGGGUCUGGUUUGUGACUGAGCUGGUUCUCGAGGCAUUGUGGGGAGGGGUGGGGAGAAGGGGGAGCUGGCAGGGCUCCCACGCAGCCCAGGCUAACUUUGGAGAAGGAGGAUGGGUCACCAAAGCAAUUAUAGUUCAAAUCCAGGUUAGACAAACAGGGAGGUGGGAAGUUGUGGAGUCAGCUGAGUGUGAAACCUCUCACUCCCACUCAUGCCAUGGGGAGGGGGGGAGGGAAGGCCUUUUGUGUUGAGCAUGAGAGAAGCGAGCAGGAGGAAUGGAGCUAAAUGAAAAGGGGAGAGGGGAAAUGAGUCUCCUGUUGGCGAAGAGGGUGGAGGGGAGGCUGCUUAUCUCAUUCCCAUCCUUCCGGCUCUCCCCCCCCCCACAUGACCAUUCCCCCAGUCCUGCAAAGGCAGAGCCCCGUCUGCUGAAAGGGGGACUGGCCCCUAUUGUAAGUCGGGGCAGAGAGAGCACGGGAAAGGAGCAGUAUGGCUGGGACAAUGGUGAUUGGGGGAGAGGGGCUCUGGGGGGGGAGGGGCAGCGGUCAUGGGCUUCCUGACAUGUUCAUUUUGGAAUCUGUCAAAACAGUCACUCUGGGCGCUGAGAGUGACCACUCAAUUGAGGGCCCCCACAGAGAGAGAAGGGGCGGGGUGGGAUGUGGUGCCGGGGAGAGAGGGAGAGCUAAGCAGAGAAGUCAUGCAUCAGUGUCUGCCAGGAUCCUUUCUCCUGUCCAGGACUGGCAGGAGAGGGGCUUUGAUGACAUCAUUGCUCCACAGAACAGGAGGCGAAGGAGGGGGCGCUGGACAAAGGGGUUUGUGAGCUGGGCUCAGAGGAUCCCCAGGAAGGUGGCAAGUGGGGGGGCGGCACGCAUUGUGACUGCAUUUUCCCUCAACCUGUAGUCCAUACUUUUAGCGAUUCCUACCUAGUCCUUAGAAAUCCCACUCAUUCUUUCUCUGUCUCGGUCUUAAGCAGUCGCUCUCCGCCAACACCCUGUGAGCACCAGCCCCAAAUAUAUCGCUUCGUGAUAUCGCUUCCUCCGCCCAAAUCAACAUUUGUAGAAUCUGCAUACAGUCACUGGCUUUUGUACACCUGGCAUCCUAUGUUCAACCAGUCACAAAAUGUUUCUAGCACAAGCUAAAAUCCCCCUAAAAUUGGAGUAUUUCCCCACAGAGUCAGUAAUUGUCAGGGAUGAAACAGGAGAAUCUUCCUCUGAGCCCCUGCCCCACUUUUAACAUGGUUUUUGGUAAACUUGGUGUUCUAGAGUUAUUUCAAAGGCUCCCAAAUAAAAUUGCAAGUUUUUCAGAAAUCUUGAAGCCAUGUGUAUAUUUUGGGGGAGGGAGAGUUGGAUCUUUCUUUGGGAGGAACUGAAAUUUGGGGGGAAAUUGAAGGGUAUGUGAUACUUUAAUAUUGAGCCUAACCAUCAAGGAUCAAGAGUGCAAUCCAGUACACACUUACCUGGGAGUAAAUCCCAUUGAACUCAUUGGGACUUACUUCUGAGUAGACAUGAAUAGGACUGUGGUGUAAGGAUGUAAAAUAUAUUGUAUAUACCUUGCUAUGUAAAAUACUGCUGUUUGGUACAUAUAUGAAAUGCCUUGGCAAUAACAGUAUUAUCUAUAGGUUACAGCUCUCAUUGGCAGUUGUUGCACCCAAGUACAGUAUAUCUUUUUGUCAGUUGGGAAAAUAGGAAAAGUUGUUAAUGGAUGACAUCAACAUUUGAGCAAAUGAAAAAUAGAUUUUAUUAUCGGGACUUUUGAACAAUAUUAUCAUGCAGAAUAUCAUGCACGCUAUCAUGCAGAAACAGAACUAACUCAUAUUUCUAGAGAACACAAACACCCGUAACAUGCAGUUUGAGGACUAGCAAUAUAUUUGGACAGACACAUUCUGCAAUUUCCAGAAUACUGAAGAAGUUAAUGUUAUUUCAUUAUCAUACACAAUUGUUUGCAUAUUUACCUGGGAGUAAGUCCCUUUGAACUUGCUUGUGACUGAAUAAAUAUGUACAGGGCUGCGUUAAAAGAGUCAUAGUCACUGUAGAUAAAAAGUUGUCCUUAUUUAUUAGUUUCCAUCCCAGUUCAUAUCAUAUCAUUGAUGACAACUUAACUUCAUCUCUCUAAGCAGAAUCAAUGUCUGAAAGAUCCAUGGUUUCUUAUUCUGACCUUAUUUCGAGUGUCAUAUUCAGAAAACAGAAAAAUUGCAGGAAUUGAAACAAAAAGCUCAAAACAGUUUUGCUGCUAGUUCUGUGUGUAUGUCCACAUACAAGCAGCAGUUUAUUUCCCAAUGUAGAAGAUACAGAAAUCUGAAGCAGGAAACGUCAGAUACUUUGUUGUGCAAAUGCCUUGCCACCAUGUUGCAGAAGCACUGGGCUCCGUAGGUUCCCAGAUUGCCCUCCCGCAUUAAAUACCUGAUCACAUUCUGUUUUGUGAAGCAUUUGAGAGUUUGAACUUACAGUGUUGCUUCUUUAGUAAUUCAGUUGAAAGUGGCACCACUCCUUUAGAAUCUUGGAUCUAAUAAUUUUGCCUGUGUAAUGAUUUUAAAACACAGGUUUGAGAAGUGUUUCACUUUUCAUGUUGAAGGUGAAAAUCUUCCGCAUAGAGCUCCCCUGCCCAAAUCACUAAUAUUUCUAGUUGAGGCCAGGGGUUGAGGCAAAGUCCAGUUUCCCCUCCCCCCCUUACUCCAGACCUUCCCAUUUCUGCUCCAGAGCAAGCUGCUCUCCUGUUGAUCAGGUCUGCUCAGUGCACAGACACUCCCAAAUUGGAUCAGCUUCCAAGUGCUAGCCCACUAUGGGAACAUUGAAGAUCCGCCUGUAAGGGGCUCGACCUACUUGUGUUCUGAGAACAAGUGAGACAGCAAAAGUUAUGGGCAUACUGGCAACUCUCUGUUUCCAUGGGGGGAGGGUUGAAUUCCUGGGGCCUGCGUACAUCAGCAGAGCGAGCAUAAGCCUGCCCCACCCUGUUGUGUCCCAUUGCACCCCAUUUCCAGGCCACUUCCGGGUCUGCCGCAAUGAGUGUGCGCACGGUCACACAUCAAUCAGAUGCACGUAAAAUGGUUGAUGCCUUGUAUAUGCAGAGUACUUUCCUCUCCCAAAUGAAAAAACCAAUCCUGUUCCAUGUGGGAAAGGUCGAUGAAGCUUCCAGGUUAGAGGAUGGAGAAUUCAGGCAGCCUUGAGCUCUGGCAUUUGCCCUUUGGGUGCCCUUGGGGUGGCACAGUUGGUGGUGCACAGUUUCUUGUGCACAGGACAACCAGAAGCCUGUGAGACCAACUCAUUCAACCAUCUCCCAGAGGGUCACUCUCCUCAUGCUCCCACACUUUCAAGCAAGCCUUCUGGUGGUCCGGCGAGGAAAUGGGGGUUAUAUGUUGGUGUCUUCUAGCAUCUGCCUGGGGUAAAGGGAGUCCCUACUUAUCCCAUAUUCCAGAGCAUUUGAGUUACGGGUGUUAAACACGCGCUGUUUCUAAAGUGAGCUCACACUGUCAUUUGCACUGACCCUCUUCUUGCGUUGGACAGAGAUGCUUGACAGCCACAUGGUGGAGACGGAGGAGGAGCACCUGCUACUGGACCCUGGGAGUCUGCUGAAGCUCUACUGCAGCACCAACCACAGCCUUGCGAUCAUAUGGUAUAAGGAAGCCAAGCAGCUUUUCCCAAGCGGGCGCAUCCACAUGCGGCAGAGCAUGCUGGAGAUUGUGGAAGCCACCUAUGAAGAUUCAGGCCUGUACUCCUGCCGAGCGCAGAGCACCGGGGAAAGCCUGCGCAACUUCACCAUCUCUGUUGUGGGUAAGAGAUGUUCCAGCCUCUCUUCAGAACGGUGGCAAACCUUUUUUUUUGUUUGAGGGAAGGCUGCAUGGCACAUGUUUGCUCAGUAAUGUUUCUGCUCCUCAGUGCAAACACUUCUUCUCCUAGUCCAAUGUGGAAUGGAAAAAUGAGAAGCGGUGUCAGUGGAAGAAGGUCUUAAGAGCUGAGGAAACAGCUCUAUGACAUUCUUGCCAUGUCAGCACCCCAGGGGGAGAAGAGGUCCCUUUUUAAGAGUAAGAAGGGGACGGAAGUGUUAGGGAUACCCAGAAACAACCCAAACGGCUAGCAAAGACUAGUAUGUAAGAGAAGUAAGCAGCAAACAGAGGUGGGUUUUUAAAAAUAAAAUAAAAAGGGCAAAAAGUCUUAAGGGACCACUUGGAAACAUUUAUGAGGCUUGACAUGACCCACAACUCACAGGUCAGCCACCCUUGGUUCAUAGUGACUGGCAGUGGGUCUCCAGAGUCCUUCCUCGCCUAACUUGGAGAUGCCAGAGAACCAGGGACCUUUGGCAUGCAAAGCAUCUGCUCUGCUGCAGCUCCUAGUCAACACAGACCUUGCCACACUGCCGCCUCGCAUGUCCCCUGGUCAAAGCAACAAGAAUUUAUUUAACUUGGCGCUCCUCCUAAAGGACGCUACAAUAGACGCCUUGGUUUUCACAAUGAAACUAGACGGUUGCCUGGAACAGCUGGUAGAUCUCAGAUUACACCCCUUCUGUGAAGGUUGCGCGAGCUGCUUAAUCACUUCCGGGCCUGUUCAAGGUUUUGUCUUCAACAUGUAAAGCCCCAAAUGACUUUGGUUUUAAAAAACAAAACAAAAACAAACCCUGAUAGAUUGCCUCCUCCUUUGUAUUCUGCCCUGGGAUUUAAGAUCAGCAGGAGAGGCCCCACUGGUGGUCUGCUGACACCCUCAGAGGUCCAGGGGACAGUGUCACAUGAGAAGGCCUUUUUUGUGGUGGCCCCCAAACUUCGAAACUCUCUGCCUCCUGAUGUACUCCUGAUAUCAAUGCUGGGGUUUUGUGCAGGCUUGUGCACGGUGGUUCUUUCUGUAUAUGCUUUUAUUGUUUGGUGGUUGCUUUAAUUUUUUGCUAUCGAUUGCAUUUUACUGUUCGUAUUGCAUUGUCCACCUGCCCAGGGACCUUCGGUGAAGGGCACAUAAUUAAAUGUACUAAAUAAAGAAUAAGCAAACAAAUGAGCUAGAACUGUAGCAGCCAACAGUGUUUCUCCUCCUCUCCCCCCAGUCACCUUUGAACACACUCCAGUUAGCAUUUCGGCUGCUACUCUACACUCCUGCUAAGAAAAUGCUGGUCCACUGUAGCCAGGUGCUCCCUUGAUAACUGCCACUUGUUCAGUGCCCUGUGGUUAUUUAAGAAGCAAGACUACAAAGAAUGACCAUUUUGUUUUCAGAUUCAUUGGCAUCUGGUGAUGACGAUGAAGACAGUGGUGUGGAGAGUGCCCAUGCCGAUUCCCUUGAGGAGCCCAUACAUACCCGGCGAGGUCAGUAUGCCUACUUGGCUGUGCUUCACUCAGUUCUGGGUGCUGCUUCAUGCUGGGAGAGGGAACUGGGUGAAGAAGGGGUGCUUAGUAAGUACUUGGACUCACGGUGGCCAGACAUCUUCCUUUCUUACUUCCCAAGCCUCCUCUGCUGUCGAUGUGUCCCAAAAUUGUUUGAUAACGGUUGCCUGCAAACUAGGGAUCUCUGCUUGAGAUUGGAACAUAUCCCAAAGCACACUCAUUUCUCGUGGGACGUUGAGGUUCCCCAGUGGAAGGGUUGCCGUCGUGCAUUUUGGCACAUCCCUAGGUCCCUAUGAGACACCUGCUCUUCCAUUCCCAUAUCCCAUUGGCGCAUCCUUUCUCUGAGAGCAAUCCAUGGUUUGCUGCCACCAUCAGUUAGAGCACCGAACACCGAGCUUUGUCCCUAAAGUGUGAGCCUCUCCUGAGCCUGAAUGAAAAGCUGGAGCUAAUAGUGUGAUGCCUUUUUCAGCACCUUACUGGACGCACCCUCACCGAAUGGACAAGAAGCUGUAUGCAGUCCCGGCAGGGAACACAGUCAAGUUCCGCUGCCCAGCCUCUGGGAGCCCCAACCCGACAAUCCGCUGGCUGAAGAAUGGGAGGGAAUUCCGAGGGGAGCACCGGAUUGGAGGGAUCAGGGUAAGUGCCCAGCCCCUUAGAGGUUUGCCAUCUCUCCCCUUGCCCUCCUUUCCCUUUUCAUCCACCUGGCUGGGACCGCAGCUGCCUUGCCCACCAGGUUUUUAUGAGUUAGGAUUUGAGGGGUAUGUGUGUGUGUGUGUGUGUGUGUGUGUGUGUGUGAGAGAGAGAGAGAGAGAGAGAGAGAGAGAGGGGCACAGGGGAACAUGCUAUAAGGAAUCCACAAUAUUGCACAAGCCACUCAGCAGAGAACUAAGGGUCACCUCUGUGAGUUUGGGGAAUUCAGCCUGCUGUCCAAAGACUCCAGGACCCUCUUCAGCACUUGCUUUGCCCCUGAUCCCCUUUUGCUCUGGCUGCCCUAGCCUUGCCAGAUCAAUCUAUUAAUUUGCAAAAGUUUGCUUCCAUCAAAAGAGCAGCUGCUAGAUAUUUCCACCUCUUUUGCCUGCAUUUCUCCUCCUUCUGCUCCCUAGCUCGAUUCAGUGCAUUGUUAAAAAAGGUCAGCCUAUGGACGUGCCCCAUUCCUUAACAAUGAAGCAUGAACACAUAAUGCAAACACCAUUGUUAAAAUAUCUACACCGGCUGCCCAUUUGCUACCGAGCCAGGUUCAAGGUUGAUUGGUAUUAAUCUACAAAGCCCUGAAGAACAUAGGUCCAGGGCACCUUAGGGGCUGCUGAAACCCUUAUAUGCCAGCACAAUCACUGAGAUAAGCUGCAGGAGUUUUGUUAGUUGCCCCUUGCAUUGGCAAGGCUCAUUUGACACCAACAUGAAAUAGAGCCUUUAGUGUCAUCAGCCCAGGCCUGUGGAGUGUUCUGCCAAUAGAUUCAGCAGGCUGCUUCUGCCCCAGCCUUUAAACACCUAUGGGAAACUUUUCUAUUCUGCCAUGAUUAUGCAGGCAAUUCAGAAUACAGUCGUACCUUAGAAGUUAAACGGAAUCCAUUCCAAAAGUCCGUUUGACUUCCAAAAUGUCCAGAAACCAAAGCGUGGCUUCUGAUUGGCUGCAGGAAGUUCCUGCAGCCAAUCGGAAGCCCUGUUGGACAUUUGGGUUCCAAAGAACGUUCACAAACCGGAACACUCAUUUGGGAGCCAAAACGUCCGAGUACCAAGGCGUUCAGAAUCCAGGGUAUGACUGUACGUACAUCUUUUCACAACAGUUAGCUGAUGGUCUCUGUUUUUUAAAUUGUUACAUGUUUUUUAAUAUAUAGAUACUAAACAGCUUUGAUAUGUUACUAUGAUACACCAGUAUAUAAAUAGUUUUGUAAAUGAAGAAAUAUUUGCUGGCCUUAUUAUAUAGCUCAAAGGAUUUGUGUCUAAAACAAGGGACUUUUGUUGGCCUAUGAGCAGCUGUGCCCUGAGCUUAGCUGUCAACUUUUCCCUUUUCUUGAGAGGAAUCCUAUUCGGAAUAAGGGAAUUUCCCUUUUAAAAAGGGAAACGUUGACAGCUAUGGCCCUGAGAGAGAUGGACAGCUCUUUUAAAAGAAGGUGAUAACCUUGGCUCCUGCCUUUUCCUCUUUCCACCCAGCUAAGGCAUCAACACUGGAGCUUGGUCAUGGAGAGUGUGGUGCCUUCGGACCGAGGCAACUACACUUGCCUGGUGGAGAACAAGUUUGGCAGCAUCCGCUACAGCUACUUCCUGGACGUGCUAGGUGAGGUGAACUUCUCCCUGCCAUACUGCUCCAAAUCUAGAUAUGUGACACCCCCCCCCCCCCGUAGCAACAUGUGAAAAAAAGACAAGGGAAGUGGGCUGCCCCCCCCACUCCCCCACCUUCAGCCUGAAAAGCUCCUUACUCCUUUGCCGAUGAGGGCGUCUGAGUCUGUGUGGGAUGCCAGACCCCAGUUCCCUGGCAGCCUGCCAGCUUCCUGUGGGAAGGAACAAGGCUCGCCACCCUGACCUCAGGCACCCCCAAAGAGAAGGAAAAUGCCCCGAACCCGCUUUUGACUUCAAAGGGAGUUGGAGAUCUCCCAGGCCAUAAAGUCAGAUGAAAUUAAUUAGCCCUGCCUAGAUCUAUAGGACUAGCUCUAAGCCUUUUGCUCCCUUAUCUCUCAGCCCCUCAUUAUCUGUCUUCUCUGGGCUUACUUGUAAUCACCGGAAAGAGGCUCUGGAGCCAGUCAUGGGUGGGAGUUCAGCCCAUGGCAUUAAGUAAUAUCAGAUCUGCUGGGCUGGAAGGAGAUGGUGGGCAGUGGGGGGUGGGGGUGGGAGAGAGACAUUCAGAUCCCACCAGGCCUUUAGGCAGGACUGCAUAUACUGCUGUACUAGGGAGCUUUGAGAAGAAAGUGCUGCGCUUUGAUAGAUGGGGUAACUCCCUGACAGUUGGCUGCGCCUCUGCACUCCCAGACGGCUGCGAUAGCACUAUCAGCUCCAUGUGCAGUGAUUUAUGUGCUGUAGAGCAUGACCUUAGCUCCUCUGGGGGGGACCUGGCAGUCUUCAGCUGUGCUGGACAACAACUUUCCCUGCUCUCUUCCUGGCAGAGAGAUCUCCGCACAGGCCUAUCUUGCAAGCCGGGCUGCCGGCCAACACCACCGCAGUGGUGGGCAGCGACGUUGAGUUCUUCUGCAAGGUGUACAGCGACGCCCAGCCCCACAUACAGUGGCUCAAGCACAUUGAAGUGAAUGGCAGCAGCUACGGCCCAGAUGGAGUCCCCUAUGUGCAAGUGCUUAAGGUAACCAGAGCCCCCCUUUUUUUGCAGAGAUUUUCCAUUGCCAGAAAGGUCGCUUUUCCCCACACUUUUAGGCAAACAACAGAGGUCACAGAGUGGGGGGAGCAGGGGCUGGAUAGGAAGUGGCACCUUUCAGUGGGCUAGAUUUAGACCAGGGGCCCCUAGUUGCUGACCCCUCAUCUGUGGAGCCAAGGGCACAUAUAGCCUAUUACCCAUAUUAAUAGGCACAUAUAGCCUAUUACCCAUUUUGCAAUAUGCGCCUAACAUUUUCAAACCAAAAGUUUAUCUUAAAAGAAGGCUUUUACAAGAGUGAUUGCUGUGUUUAUUUGCAAAGAAAGAGAGGAGACUGGCUGAGAUGCUACUUUCAAUAGCACCAACUCUGUGAGCUUAGAGCAGAGCUUUCCAAACCUUUCAUGUUAGUGACACACUUUUUUAGACAUGCAUCAUCAUGUGACAAAGUAAUUCAGUUUUGCUAACAAAUCAGAAGUUACACUAACCCCUUUCCAGCCCCAGAAGGAGCAUAGGGAGUGUUUGCACAUCACACCUACACACUGCAGUCAAGUGUCGUGACACACAGUUUGGAAAGAUGUGGCUUAGAGUAUAUGUCCAGAAAACAAGCAAACACGAAGAGCUGCAUCAUCAGUCUAGCACUGUCCCAGUUGGGUUGCUUAUUCUCACAGCAGAGUUGUUGUGUCUCAAGCCCAGAGGCUUCAUACAUGAUUUUCUGUAGAAGAGUUGCUUGGAAGUAAUAAAACUUAGCAAUGGCUGUGGUGCACGUAUUUAGGACAUCCUCACCAGAGAUUGGGGUACAUGACUAUCAAUCAGGCAUUUAUCAGAUAAAGAUGCACCCUUGAAAUAUAUAUUGGCAGCAAGCAAGAUGUUCCCCUUCCAAUGAGAAGCUUGAAUAACCUUUUUGUGUCAAUGAGAACUAAUGCUUUUCUCCCUGCCUCCCACUGGCAACUUAUUUUGGCAGACGGCAGAUAUUAACAGCUCAGAGGUGGAAGUGCUGUACCUGCGCAAUGUCUCCAUGGAAGAUGCUGGGGAAUAUACCUGCCUGGCAGGGAAUUCCAUUGGCCUGUCAUACCAGUCAGCUUGGCUCACUGUGCUUCCAGGUGAGAAAGGACGGUGGAUGAUUGGAUGGGAGGAAAGAUGGAUAAUGGUAGUAGGGUAUUCCUUUGCAGAGCUAGAAGCAGAGAUUACCUUUCCUAAUAGAGACGCUUGGGGGUUGGGGGUGGGACUAUACUGUGCAUGUCGUACCCCUGUAGAAUAUCCAAUGAGAUGAAUGUGCCAAAGAGACAGACAGAGAGAUAAAUGGCUGAAAACAAAUUGCAAGACACACUGCCCCACUUGCAUUAAGUUGCCAAUCAAUCAGUCAACAUGACAGAUCUAUUCACUGUAGAUUUAUACAGAACAAUCUACUGUUGUCUUUUGUCAGUAUAUCAAUCACAAUAUGACAGCUUCAGUCCAUCAGAAGAGAUGCUGCACUUCUCAGUGUAUGAAUCCUGGAAAGACAGACUGGAUUUUGGCCACUUUUAAGUCCCUUGAUUUGAAUGGAGAAUUAGGACAGGCAGGUGAAAAAUCAGACAGGGCCCUUGCAGCUUGAAUAGUUGUGUAGACCAACACUCCUACACAGCUAUUAAAGAUGCAGGUAAUAUAAAUGGGUGGAGACUAGGUGCUGUUUUUUAAUACCCACAAAUUAGACAUAUUCCACUGAUUAAAAACAAAAAGACCUAAGUACAUCUUGUGGAGUGGGGUGGGGAAUUGUAAUGAAAUGAAUUCUGCCUAGACUUUGAACGGAUAGAGCUUAAAAAUAGCACAUUGUAUAUGUAAUUAAAUGUGGAAGAGAUACUGCAUGAAAUUCCAGGAGCUAGGCUAAUUUCUGUUUAGCAAAGCUCUAGGUUUUCACUGAAAGGCAACUGCCUUAAAACGGCUAUGUGAUGGGUCAAGGAUAGCUCAAGGAUGAGAGCAUGAUCUAGCCAGAGUUAAGUUUUUACACCCCAUUUAUGAAAGUCAAAGUGAUCUAAACACAUGUUAGGCUCUCUCAUUGAAAUCAGUGGGGUGUCUUUUGUUCAUGGUACUGAUGGGCUCUGCAGCCAGGUCCAGACAGGCUGCUUUUGCAGGCCGAUGUGCACACUGUGCAGCCCAGCCAUGCUCCCUCCAGCCCAGCUGGCUGCCUGCUGUGGUCAAAGCAGGUUUAACCACCCUAACGCCUGCUAACUGCGGAUUUAUUUGCUAUUGCAGAAGAAGAAGAAGUGCAAGAGGCAAAUGCCCCUGAAAUCAAGUAUACUGAUAUAAUUAUCUACACUUCGGGAUCUUUGGCCAUCGCGAUGGCUAUUGUCAUUGUUGUCUUGUGCCGGAUGCAAACCCAGCCGAGCAAGCAGCCCUUGGAGCCCAUGGCCGUACACAAGCUCUCCAAAUUCCCGCUCAUUCGGCAGGUAGGUACUGAGAGACCCAGAACUAACCUUAAAGUGGGUCAGAAGGAUCCAUUGUGCCACUGCAGUGGUUUUCAAGGGCCCACAAUGUUGUCUGCUGGCUCGGACCAAGAGUCAGCAAUGGACAAAGUGAGGUACUCAGAUCCUCGGAGUACAACAAAUUAUUCAGGGUAGUAAAAUCCCAGUCAGACCAUGCAGAUCUCUGAAAACAGCUCUCCCAAGUUCAGUUAAAUUCACCCUUCCCUGUUCACUGUCAGGGCAGCGUCUGGUUGGCUAGAUGGACCUUGUUCGCAUUGUAGAUGGCUCUUAUUGGUGUUAGGUGUGCGUGUUCUGCCCUGUCCCUUGUUUCAUUGUGUCCUUUGUGCCCUUGUCUAGUCCGUUCUUGCUCUGGAGUGAAGCAGUGUCUGUGGGCCAAUCUACUUGAAUGUUGGGUCUUUCUCCACAGUUCUCCUUGGAAUCCAGCUCCUCAGGGAAGUCCACCACAUCACUGAUGCGUGUCACCCGCCUCUCCUCAAGCUGCACACCCAUGCUGGCUGGGGUCAUGGAAGUGGAGCUGCCUCUGGACUCCAAGUGGGAAUUCCCACGAGACAGGUAAGUCUUGUGCAGUGCAGCAUAGCUUUCUUCUGCAUGUGCCACUGAGGAUGCUGGCCAGGCUCUCGCGUGACUCACACAAGCCCAGUGUCAGAAUGGCAAAACUGCCUUCUCACCAAACUUGUAUCAAAAUGUGUGUUUAUUAACACAAAGGGCUACUUCCCACAUGAUGUACAGCUGCCCAAUUAAUUGAUAGUGUCCUUAGGCCCAGGUUUGUCUGUGUUCACAGAGAGGAAGCAGCAGGUGAGCUGGAAGUUCACGUGUGCCUGGCUGCACAGGACUCUCAGUGGUUCCCACCAGCACAGUGGCUCCAAAAAUGGCAUCACAGCCGUCACAUACCAUCUGGUACGCAUGUGCUUCAGUUUCACAUGUUAUUUCCCCCUCACAAGUGAUGGCAAGCACAGCAAGUAGAGUGGCCAAGUACCACAAAGAGGGAAGGCAGUAGAGUGAAUGAGAGUACCGCUUUCUUCAAAGAACAAAACUGGAGAGGAGUCCAUUGUAACCCUGCUUAGCUCUGUGACUAAGGGGCUAGCUAUAAAAAUUGUCUGGUAUCAAAAGCCGUGCAGUUUGUCUCUUGAAUUGCUGCCUGUAGAACAAAGGUGGGGAACCUCAGACUGAGGGGCCAGGUGUGUGUGUGUGUGUACGUGUACGUCAGCUACUAUACAAUGGCAAAAUUUACACCCAUUGCCUCACUCACUUUUACACACACAUAAUUUUAUUGUAUGCUGCCUUUCCAUAGGUCAAACCAUGCUCAAGGCAGCUUACAACAUGGAACAAAAUACAUAACUACAACACAACAAAAGUAGUCAUAAACAAUAAAUUAAACAAUAAAAAAACACAAAACCAAACUGAACAAUUUCCACAUAAAAUGCAACAAAAUCUAAAAUAAAAUGCAAAAAACUAAUGGCAACAACCAUCCUCCCAAACAAUACUCCAGGCCAAGAGUCUGCUCAGCAGCCUCAGCUUUUGUAGCUGGAGUCAGUCAGGGCCCCACCUUCCCAGGCCAGGUGGAAAGGGCAGACACAGCAGGGAGCAGGUCUUCCAGGACUCACAGACAAGAUGGACCUUUGUCUCUGGCAUAUGGCCCUCAGAAGAUUGCCUCGAAGGGAAUGCUGCCCUUGUGCUGGAAAAGGUUUCCCACUCCAGCUGCUACGGUCUCUUGGAAAUGAACUUGUUAGCGAAUUCUUGGAAAUGAAAGGAAUUUGUUAGUCAAUGCACUGUAUAGACAUUGAUGAACGCCCACCAAUGAUGCUUAUAUGUAUCACCUCACCUCACCACUUGGGAUAGUUCAUGCAUGGGCCUGGGAGAGAACAUUGGGUCAGAUUUCUCUGUUGUGGUUGAGGUCCUGCAAAUGCACCUGGUGCUAACAUCUGAUUCUGCCCCACUGCAGGGGACCUGCCAGCUUUUGGAUACAGCCAUGAGUUUAGGUCCCACCCACCCAAAUGCAUCUGUACCCAUGGCGACAUGAGAUUGUCCUUUUAAGGAGGCUGUCUACCCUUCUUUUUCCCCAGGCUUGUGCUGGGCAAGCCACUGGGUGAGGGCUGCUUUGGGCAAGUGGUGAGAGCAGAAGCCUACGGCAUCGAUCAAGAACGGCCAGAGCGACCCAUCACUGUGGCUGUCAAGAUGCUCAAAGGUAACCACAAUAUACAGGGCUAAGAGAGCCUAAAUCAUUGGACUUCAGUUCUUCCACUGUUGGAUUCUAGUCUAGAUCAUGGGAUGCCCCAGUCUGACCUCCUUCUGUUGCCUUGCCAGAUAAUGCCACUGACAAGGACUUGGCUGACCUCAUCUCAGAAAUGGAAAUGAUGAAACUGAUGGACCAACACAAGAAUAUAAUCAACCUGUUAGGAGUCUGUACACAGGAUGGUAAGUGAUGGUCUCUUUGGGCUGGGAAGCAGAGAAUACCAGGUGCUGUGAGGAAAGAGGCAGGGAUGUUUGGGAAGUCAGGAGAAACCAGAACCUUUGUGGGGCCAAUAGGAGGAUGCUGCAACUGAACAAUGGAGCUCUGAUGUUCCAGGAUAGGAGCAGACAUUGUGUGGGAUUUAUGAAGGCUGCACCUGAGAGCACAGGCUCACAUAUAACUCCUGACUGCAGGGCCUCUCUAUGUGAUUGUGGAGUUUGCUGCCAAGGGGAACUUGCGGGAGUACCUGCGCGCCCGUCGCCCUCCCACGCCAGACUACACCUUUGAUAUCACCAAGAUGCCUGAGGAGCAGCUGUCCUUCAAAGACUUGGUCUCCUGUGUUUACCAGGUGGCACGUGGCAUGGAGUAUCUGGAGUCCAAGCGGGUAAGAGCAGCCUCACCCAAACAGCUUCCCUCUCACCAACCCUAGCAGGAUCCUUGCUUAAGCAGAAAUGACUGGUGCCCAAUGGGCAAGUGUCAUCUGAAGCGUUGGCAGGUCCUGUUGGAGUGCCAACAGUGAAGGCUCUAAGCCAAGCAUUGGCACUCUAAAGCUUUUGCUGGGCUCUUAACUAGCCUGCGAGGGUCAGUUACAUGAGGGUUAGGUGUACCAAAGGAGAGAGGGGUGUAUGUACCAGGCUUGGGCAGCCAUCAUGUGAUGAAGGAGUGAAUGGCGAGGCAGUGAAGCUCCUGACUCUCGUGGUAGAUGCAGCAACAACCCACUAGCCCAGAUGUGUCUGCCAUUGGACUGCAGUCUGGGCUGCAGUGGGCUCUCCUGAGCCUCAGAGAGGGUUCAUCUCUUCUCUCUCUCUCUCUCUCUCUCUCUCUCUCUCUCUCUCUGCAGUGCAUUCACCGGGACCUGGCUGCUCGCAACGUCCUUGUCACCGAAGAAAACGUCAUGAAAAUUGCGGAUUUUGGCUUGGCCCGGGGUGUUCAUGACAUUGACUACUACAAAAAAACCAGCAAUGUGAGUGAGAUGGUAUUUGAGAGGCACAGGAGGGGAAGACUCAGAAUUGCCAACAGGCUUUGGAAAUACGCAAUGCGGUUGGGAAAAAGAGCGGAGGGUGGGCACUGGGGGAGAGCAAUUACUGUGCUCUGUAUUUCUUAACAAUAAAUGGUUAACAAUGUAUGGAAGCCAGCUUGGGAGGGUAGCUACCCUGACAGGUGGCAUAUCAACCUUUUAAAUAAUUAUGGAGUAUAAAGUAGUAGAGAAACCUUCAUAGCCCUUUGUGUGUGCAUACACACGUUCUUGCACUACCCUGUUAGUGAAGAGAGAUAUUUUUUUACUUUCAGUUAAUUCAGGGUCUUGUAGGAAAGUAGGAUGAGCACAUCUAUGGGAGUGGAUAUGUGGCUAUUGCUCAGUGGAUGCUAGAGGGUAGAACUCAGAAGAGGAGACAUUGUCCAGGGAAAGUGUCAAUGAACUGAGAGCUUUUAUUUUUUCUCCCCACAGGGUCGUCUACCUGUAAAAUGGAUGGCACCAGAGGCUCUUUUUGACAGGGUGUACACCCACCAGAGUGAUGUGUAAGUAUGACUCUGCAAAGCUCUUGCAAUCACAUCAGCCUGCACACCUAUAUCUGGCAGAGCAGCUGAGCUACUGUGUUUUUAAAAGGGAAAAGUUGCCUUAUACUAAAGCAGAGCAUUGAUCCAUCUUGCUCAGUACUGCCUACCAGUGUUGCUCAAACUUUGGUCCCCGGCUGUUGUUGGACCACAAGUCCCAUCAUCCCUAGUUAGCAGGAGCAGUAGUCAGGGAUGAUGGAGGUUGUACUCCAACAACAUCUUGAGACCCACAUUUGAGAAACAGUGACAUACACUAGCUCCCUGGGGUCUUUCCUACUUUUACUUAAAGAUACAAAAAAUUGAACUUGGGGUGUUUUGCAUGCAAGCUACAGCCCUUUCCCAACCAUCCUGGCUGUAUGGAGAACAAAUGGGCCUAUUUGUCAGUCCUACUAGAUGAACCAUAAGUGGCAUGGAAAAGCCAGGGCACAAUGGCCCUACCUGCCUGCAUAAAGAUGACAAGAAGCAUAGAGUUGCUUGCUCCCUGUAAAGUGGUCCAUCUUUGUAACCUGUCUCCAGCAUAUGUAACUUCAAUACAUUCCACCUCUGUGGUCACAAAUCCAUCUUCGUGAGAUUUUGCUGAAGUAGCGCACAUUCCACAGGGGCAAGGCCCACCUUCUGAUGCUUUGUGGUAGUGUAGGGCUAAUCUGGACAUAUCCACCUCGAAUUUCUUUAUGGCUUUCUUGCCCCUUUAUUUUCCCUGACCCUCAACUGUGCUUUCAGGUGGUCCUUUGGCAUUCUGAUGUGGGAGAUCUUUACAUUGGGUGGUUCUCCAUAUCCGGGCAUCCCGGUGGAAGAACUCUUCAAGCUCCUGAGAGAAGGUCACCGGAUGGACAAGCCCUCCAACUGCACCCACGAACUGUAAGUGCCGCCGUGUCUAUGCCUCUUGUGGGCUUGAUCUUAACCACAGCACUUGCAUCCCAUAUUAUGGAAUGCUCUAGCCUGAGGCUGAGAUGUCCCCUCCCCUUUUCCCAAACAGAUACAUGAUGAUGCGCGAGUGCUGGCAUGCUGUGCCUUCCCAGCGGCCCACCUUCAAGCAGCUGGUAGAGGGACUGGAUAAGGUCUUGGUUGCUGUCUCUGAAGAGGUAGGUUCAGACCACUAGGAAGAGGCACGAACGCAGCUGUUUCAGAAACUCUUUUAUGUUCCCUGAAACAGAAGUAGAGGGAGCCAAGCCUUUGUCCCUUGUGAAUGCUGACAGGGUGUCCUUUCUCUCUUUCCCUCCAGUAUCUGGACCUGUCAAUGCCCUUUGAACAGUAUUCUCCAUCCUGCGAAGACACGACCAGCACCUGCUCCUCCGACGACUCUGUCUUCACCCAUGACCCUCUGCCCAUCACCCCCUGCCUCUUCCCCUACCACAAUGUGCGGACAUGAGGAGAGUAGCAGGCAGUGGACCCCAGGGCAGGAUUUCCUCUCUCUCUAUUCCUAGAGGAUUACGCAGCUUGGGAGCAGAAGUUCUUACAUUGUCCCUGGUGGAAGAAAAUGCUGGGAGCCAUAUCAGCAGGGGCUGAGAGUGCACCUCAGGGUCCUGGAGCCUGCUGGACACCCGCAACUUAAAGGUUCCCUGGCGAGGACUGGAUGCCUUCCUUGUAAACUUCUGCAGGUGCUCCCAGCACUCGUGCUGGUGCCUUCUUGCCCUAUAAUCUCAGGUUCCCUCAAAGCCGUUGCUCUAGCUGAGCCUUGGAUGCUACCAGCUGUCUGAGGAGAAGUAGGACCAGAUAAGCAGGGAGGAACCUAAUCCCAGGGAGAGCAGCACUCUCGACAUGCCUGGGCUCCCCCUUCUCCCAACCCAUGGGACCAUUCCCCCCAGCCAUGGGGCGCCCUGCUUGUUUGUUUGAUACUAUUCCCAAUUUAAUAAUAUUUUUAUGAAAUCUCAUUAUUUGGCAGGAGCCAGCCAGCUUUCUCAGGCCCACCCCAUCCGCACCUGGACACACGACCACAAGGACAGACGUUUUGAGCGGGGUGUGGCCCUUCCCUCCUGGCUCCUGCUGUCCCCUGUACAUAACCCUAGAGAUAAAUAUUUAUGUACAUAUCAUUUCUAAUGCACAUGAAUUAUCCACACCCAUAAAUUAUUUUUUUGGAAUAGAG